AUGCAGAAGAUCAAGUCGCUGAUGACCCGCCAGGGUCUAAGAAGUCCCCAGGAGAGCGUAGCUGACCUCAGUCCUAUUGACAGCUUUCGGAUUCCUACUAAGGAGGAACUCAGAGAACUACGUGAAGAACCAACUGAUCCUCAAGCUCAGCAAGAAGUAAUUGACAGCAUUGAAGAAGUUUAUUUUUCCAGUGACUCUUUUGAUAUUGUGAAGUAUGAGUUAGAGAGGCUUCCUCCAGUACUUAGUCUUCAAGAACUUGAAGAGUACACAGACAAAUUAAAGCAACAGCAAGCUGCUGUAUCUAAGAAAGUUGCAGACUUGAUUCUUGAAAAACAGCCUGCAUAUGUUCAGGAACUUGAACGUGUUACAUCAUUGCAGACUGGCCUUCAGCUAGCAGCUGUUAUCUGCACAAAUGGAAGAAGACACCUGAAUGUAGCAAAGGAAGGCUUCACACAAACUAGUUUGGGGCUUCUUGCAAAUCAAAGGAAACGACAGUUGCUUAUUGGACUGCUGAAAUCUCUGAGAACAAUAAAAACACUGCAAAGAACUGAUGUGCGUUUGAGUGAGAUGUUGGAGGAAGAGGACUAUCCAGGGGCUAUUCAGCUGUGCUUGGAAUGCCAGAAAGCUGCCAGCACUUUCAAACACUACAGUUGUAUCAGUGAGUUGAAUUCAAAACUGCAAGACACCUUGGAACAAAUAGAGGAACAAUUGGAUGUAGCACUCUCCAAAAUAUGCAAGAAUUUUGAUAUCACUUUACUGCUUUAUUUUAUAAUACUCCUUUUCUUUCAGACAGCAAUGGACCAGUUACAUAUGCACUUCACUCAAGCCAUUCACAACACUGUGUUUCAAGUAGUCCUUGGGUACGUGGAGCUGUGUGCAGGAAACACAGACACCAAGUUUCAGAAGUUACAGUACAAAGACCUCUGCACACAUAUUACAUCAGACAGCUACAUUCCAUGCCUUGCUGAUCUCUGCAAAGCCCUCUGGGAAGUCAUGCUCAGUUACUACCGCACCAUGCAGUGGCAUGAGGAUCAUGACCAAGAUGAGGAAGCAACUGUGUCUUCUGUUUCAGAUGGCAGCAACGUGAUAGGAACUGAAGAGAACAGUUUUGAUCGCAGCUAUGUGAAAAAGAAAUUAGAACAUGGGCUUUCACGGAUAUGGCAGGAUGUUCAACUGAAAGUGAAAACAUAUCUUCUGGGAACGGAUCUAUCUAACUUCAAAUAUGACGACUUCAUAUUUGUACUUGAUGUUACUAGCAGGCUGAUGCAAGUUGGUGAAGAAUUUUGUGGCAGUAAGUCUGAAGUUCUGCAAGAAUCUAUCAGAAAACAAAGUGUUAACUAUUUCAAAACAUACCACAGAACCCGUCUUGAAGAAUUAAGGAUGUUUUUGGAGAAUGAGACCUGGGAACUUUGUCCUGUUAAAUCAAGCUUUAGUAUUCUGCAGCUUCAUGAGUUUAAGUUCAUGGAGCAGUCACGUUCCCCAUCUGUGUCACCUAGUAAGCAGCCUGCCUCAGCAGUUUCAACAACGGUUACAUUAUUUGAGGAGUACUGUAAUGGAGGAAACCCAUUUGAAAUUCAGGCUGACAGCAAAGAUGAUGAGACAGAAGAUGUGCUGGCUUCCAAUGGGUAUGAAUCAGAUGAACAAGAAAAAAGUGCAUAUCAAGAGUAUGAUAGUGACAGUGACGUCCCUGAAGAGUUGAAAAGAGAUUAUGUGGAUGAGCAAACAGGAGACAUCCCUGUGAAAAGUGUUUCUCGAGAAACUCUGAAGAGCAGAAAGAAAUCAGAUUAUAACCUCUAUAAAGUGAACACACCCAUCCUAACGAACACUACACUGAAUGUAAUACGGCUUGUUGGGAAAUACAUGCAGAUGAUGAAUAUUCUGAAACCAAUUGCAUUUGAUGUGAUUCACUUCAUGUCCCAGCUCUUCGAUUACUAUCUGUAUGCAGUCUAUACCUUUUUUGGCCGAAAUGACACGUUCGAAUCAACAGGACUGGGCCUCAGUAGCAGCAGAUUACGCACCACACUGAACAGAAUCCAGGAGAGUCUAAUUGAUCUGGAGGUCUCUGCUGAUCCCACAGGAACUCUCACAGCAGCUGAAGAGAGAAAGGAGAAGGUGCCAAGCCCACAUCUCAGUCAUCUCGUAGUUCUGACAUCUGGCAAUGCGCUGUAUGGUUUAGCAGAGAGAGUGGUGGCCACAGAAUCCUUGGUUUUUCUGGCUGAGCAGUUUGAGUUUCUUCAGCCUCAUCUUGAUGCGGUGAUGCCAGCUGCCAAGAAGCCUUUUCUUCAGCAGUUCUAUUCUCAGACAGUGUCAACUGCCAGUGAACUGCGUAAACCAGUUUAUUGGAUUGUAGCUGCUAAAGCUAUUGAUUAUGAACAAAUGCUGCUUCUGAUGACUAAUGUGAAGUGGGAUGUGAAGGAAAUAAUGUCACAACACAACAUAUAUGUAGAUGCUCUUUUAAAGGAAUUUGAAGAAUUUAACAGAAGGUUGAAUGAGGUGUCUAAGAGAGUCCGUAUUCCACUGCCAGUCUCCAACAUCCUUUGGGAGCACUGCAUACGUUUGGCCAAUAGAACUCUUGUGGAAGGUUAUGCCAAUGUGAAGAAGUGCAGCAAUGAAGGACGUGCCUUGAUGCAACUGGACUUUCAACAAUUCUUAAUGAAAUUAGAAAAGUUAACAGACAUUAGACCUAUUCCAGAUAAAGAAUUUGUGGAGACCUACAUUAAAGCAUAUUACCUAACAGAAAAUGAUAUGGAACGCUGGAUAAAAGAACACAGGGAAUAUUCCACUAAGCAGUUGAUUAAUCUGGUGAAUGUUUGUCUGGGCUCCCAUAUCAACAAGAAGGCAAGACAGAAGCUGCUGGCUGCUAUUGACGACAUAGACAGGCCUAAAAGAUAACUGGAGAAAGCUGUUUUCCUUGUGACUUGUACCUUUUUCUGUUCAUGUGAAGCAGGCAGACAAACGUCUGGUGGACUGAUGACAACAUUCUCUUAAAACCCAUUGUGCAUGAUGUUUCUUACCAGCAUUGGCGACUUUCUGAAGUGGCGUAAUAUAUGAUUUUUCUAAUCUGUAGACUUGUUUUUCUGUUGUAUUUCUUCUCUUUUUUUGUUGUUGUUACUUGCCCUUAGUAAAAGGGCCACUGAUUGUGUAUCAUUGGUGAGCUGUAUAUUUUGCAAAACUGUAUACUGUAAGUAAAAUCAAAACCAGAGAGAAACACAUUGGCUUAAUAUAUAGUUGAUGUUCUUUUUUAUAAAAGAGCUACUUGAAAAUAUUAUUUCUUUCCUCCCUGCUCUAACCAUCAGAAAUUGUGCUUUAUUAUGGACCAGUAUAAAAUGAACAGAAA